AUGCUAUGCACAUCAAAGUUCUACUGCAAAAGCUCCUUCUCCAAUGAAGAUCGUAGUAGCAGCAUGGAGGAUCCAGAUGGGACAUUGGCUAGUGUUGCGCAAUGCAUUGAGCAGCUGCGUCAGAGCUCGUCUUCUGUGCAUGAGAAAGAGUAUUCCUUAAGCCAGUUAUUGGAUCUUAUAGAUAUGCGUGAAAAUGCAUUUAGUGCUGUUGGAUCUCACUCUCAGGCUGUUCCAGUGCUUGUUUCCCUUCUCCGGUCAGGUUCGUUGAAUGUGAAGAUCCAGGCAUCAACUGUUUUGGGAUCACUUUGUAAAGAAAAUGAGCUGAGGGUGAAAGUCUUGCUUGGAGGCUGUAUUCCUCCAUUGCUUGGUCUCCUAAAGUCCAGUUCUACUGAAGCCCGAAUUGCCGCUGCAAAGACUAUAUAUGCUGUCUCUCAAGGUGGUGCAAAAGAUCACGUUGGUUCCAAAAUUUUUUCAACUGAAGGAGUAGUACCCGUGCUUUGGGAGCAGUUGCGAGCUGGCCCGAAAACCGAAAAUGUAGUUGAAACUUUAUUGACAGGAACAUUGAAAAAUCUCUCCAACAGUGCUAAGGGAUUCUGGAACUCAACAGUUCAAUCUGGAGGAGUGGACAUAUUAGUGAAGUUAUUGGCAACAGGGCAGCCUAGCACUUUAGCCAGUGUUUGCUUUUUACUUGCUUCUGUAAUGAUGGAGGAUGCAUCUGUUUGUUCGAAGGUGUUGAGCGCAGAGGUGACUAAACAACUUUUGAAACUGUUAGGCCCUGGUAAUGAUGACCUUGUUAGAGCUGAAGCAGCUGGUGCUCUUAAAUCUCUAUCUUCUCAGUGCAAAGAAGCCAGGCGAGAGAUAGCCAGUUCUAAUGGCAUUCCUGCUCUAAUCAAUGCUACCAUAGCUCCUUCGAAAUAA